GGCAAGCUGCAGAUUCCCCUGCAGGAGAUCAUAGACUGGCUUAGUCAGAAAGAUGAAGAGCUCUCUGCCCAGCUGCCACUCCGAGGGGAUGUGCUGUUGGUGCAGCAGGAGAAGGAGAGGCAUGCGGUAUUCAUGGAAGAAGUGAAGUCCCGGGGCCCUUAUAUUUACUCAGUCUUGGAAUCUGCUCAAGCCUUCCUGACUCAGCACCCAUUUGAAGAAGUGGAAGACUCAAAUCCUGACAGCAAAGAUGUCUCCCCAAGACACCGGAUCCAGAACAUCAGCCGCUUUGUGUGGAAACAGGCAACUGUGGCCAGUGAGCUAUGGGAGAAACUCACAGCCCGUUGUGUUGACCAGCACCGCCACAUCGAGAGGACCCUGGAGCAGCUGCUGGAGAUCAAGGGCACGAUGGAGGAGCUCAGCACGACCCUCAACCAGGCAGAAAGUGUGCGAGAGACCUGGGAACCAAUUGGGGACCUCUUCAUCGACUCUUUGCCAGAGCACAUCCAGGCCACCAAGCUGUUCAAAGAGGAGCUCUCCCCGAUGAAGGACGGAGUGAAGCUUGUGAAUGACCUCGCCCACCAGCUUGCCAUCUCUGACGUGCACCUGUCGAUGGAGAACUCGCGUUCCCUGGAGCAGAUCAACACGCGCUGGAAACAGCUGCAGGUAUCCGUCAACGAUCGGCUGAAGCACCUUCAGGAUGCCCACCGGGACUUUGGGCCAGGAUCACAGCACUUCCUCUCAACUUCUGUCCAGGUCCCCUGGGAACGGGCAAUUUCUCCCAAUAAAGUCCCAUACUACAUCAACCACCAGGCACAGACAACAUGCUGGGACCAUCCCAAGAUGACCGAGUUGUAUCAGACACUAGCUGACCUGAACAACAUCAAGUUCUCUGCUUACCGCACAGCCAUGAAACUGCGCCGUGUGCAGAAGGCCUUGCGAUUGGACAUGGUGACACUGCCAACCGCCCUGGAGGUCUUCAAUGAGCACGAGCUGCAGCCCAGCGACCACGUGAUGGACGUGGUGGAGGUGAUCCACUGCCUGACUGCCCUGUACGAGCGGCUCGAAGAGGAGCGGGGCAUCCUGGUGAACGUCCCCCUGUGUGUUGACAUGACCCUGAACUGGCUGCUCAACGUUUUUGACAGCGGACGCAGUGGGAAGAUGCGGGCUCUCUCCUUCAAGACGGGCAUCGCAUGCCUGUGUGGUACUGAGGUGAAAGAGAAAUUCCAGUACCUCUUCAGCCAGGUGGCCAAUGUGAAUGGACUCUGUGACCAGCGGCACCUUGGCAUCCUGCUGCAUGAGGCCAUCCAGGUUCCGCGGCAGCUGGGGGAAGUGGCCGCCUUUGGCGGGAGCAACGUGGAACCCAGUGUCCGCAGCUGCUUCCGCUUCGGAAAUGGGAAACCGACGAUCGAGGCAGCCCAGUUCUUGGAAUGGGCUAACCUGGAGCCGCAGUCCAUGGUGUGGCUGGCCGUCUUGCACCGGGUGACCAUAGCUGAGCAAGUAAAACACCAGACCAAAUGCUCCGUCUGCCGGCAAUGUCCGAUCAAAGGCUUCAGGUACCGCAGCCUGAAGCAAUUCAACGUGGACAUUUGCCAGACCUGCUUCUUGACGGGGCGAGCCAGCAAGGGCAACAAGCUGCAUUAUCCUAUCAUGGAGUACUACACGCCGACCACCUCUAGCGAGAACAUGAGGGACUUUGCCACCACCCUGAAAAACAAGUUCCGGACAAAGCAGUAUUUCAGCAAGCAUCCCCAGAGAGGGUACCUGCCCGUCCAGUCUGUGCUGGAGGCAGACUUCAUAGACACGCCGGCCUCCUCUCCGAUGUUGCCUCAUGCGGACACCCACUCUCGAAUCGAGCACUUCGCCAGCAGGCUUGCAGAGAUGGAAAGCCAGAAUUCCUCCUUCUACAAUGACAGUCUCUCUCCAGAUGAUAGCCUCUCUAUCCGCAACAGGGACGAGGACCAGUAUCUCUUGCGCCAUUCCAGCCCCAUCACAGACCGAGAACCCAUCAGCAGCCAGCAGGACCAGGACGGCAAGGACACGGAUGAUAAGGGGAAGCUGGAGAGAAUCUUGGCUCACCUGGAAGAUGAAAACAGGGUUCUCCAGGGAGAGCUGAGACGUCUGAAGUGGCAGCACGAGGAGGCAGCGGCAUCAGCAGAAGGAACCGCUGACGCAGCACAGGAUCCGCACAGCGAAGAGCUCCUGGCAGAGGCCCGGAUCCUUCGGCAGCACAAAAGUCGCCUGGAGACUCGGAUGCAGAUCUUGGAGGACCACAACAAGCAGCUGGAAUCUCAGUUGCAUCGCCUGAGGGAGCUGCUUCUGCAGCCGCCGGGCGAUUCCAAAGGAGAUGGCUCAGCAGCCUCCUCCCUUGCAUCCUCUCCCCACACGUCAGAGGGGAGCCAGCCCAGGGAAAAGGAGCCGAGCACUCCCAACACAGAAACGGCAGAUGAAGUGGAGGUGAGCCCGCAGGACGUGGGCUUAUGCCUGGAGGACAUCAUGGAGAAGUUGCGGAAUGCCUUCCCCAACUCUGGAGGACAAAGACCUCACCCCUUGGCCUUCCUGAAGAAGUCUCUCAAGUUCUCCUAGAUGCUUUUCAGUUCUGAGAAUGGGCAGCAGCUGGUCCAACUUCCCUUAUCUAACAAGCCCUGCAAGCAAGAGGCUUCGUCUAACCUCGGGAGCAGCCACGCUCCCUUCUGCUCAACCAUGUUCUUCCCCCGUGUGGCAAGCUUCACGCGGACCCUUAAGGAGCCGCCCUUCACCAGAAGGUUAUCAGAAUCGUCGCAGGCUUUGGCUCCCAGUCCUCAGCCAUUCCAGAGCACUUUUUUGAAGGGCUGCCUGGAGCCACCCAGAGCUGGACAAAGUCAACAGUGGGUGUUGUUAGAAGCCUGGAUUCCAGGAACUUGGAAAGGACAGGAGCCUCUGGUGGGUGCAGAGAGCCACCUUUCUGUGCAAAUCGCUAUGAAGAGUGUUUUCUUCUCUACAGUUUGUGGACGACAACUGCCUUUGGUGGGCUGCUUUUGGGUUGUGUCAGGACGUGACCCAUCGCAGAUUUUGCUCACGUCUGUGGCAUCCCACCAGAUGGUGACUGAACAAGUCAGCAGGGGGAAGUCCCAGGACCCACCAGAAAAAAUCCGAAAACUUUUUUAUGGAAAAGAAAGAGAAACUUCUACAUAAAAGCUGGGUAUGUUGUGAAAGGAGCUUGCAAACAACUGGAUGUGUCUGUGUCUUUGAGCUCAGUGCAAAGUAGCAAAAUGAUCCGGAAGAAAUCUCACAGGAAUGGCUAUUGAGGGAGAAGGCAGGCUUUAAAACACACUGUUCCAACAGCAGUAGCAAGCCUUACACGAGAGAAGCUUUAUAACAGAGAGCCUUAUUGUUUUAAUUUACAUAUUUAUAUAUUAUAUAUAAUAUAUAUAAAUGCAUAUUAUAUAUACUGUAUUUAAGUGCUGUUCUGGACUCCCUCAUGCAUUAAAUUCUAAUACCUUGUUAUCUGUU